UUGAAAAAACAAAACAAAAUAUUUAUUAGUAAUAAUAAUGAAAAGUUUUCAACAAUUAAAACUAUUAGACACUAGUUGUUGUGUAUUAUUGGCUAUUGUGUUGGUGGGGGUGACCGUCAAUGGAUCAACAGCUAGCAGCACUGGUAGUCAKCCGACACCAACACCACCGACACCGCCUGUUUUCAGCGACCAGUACUAUGUCGAGGGUGUCCUAUCGCUACCGUAUGCGGAAAUCACCGAACCGUUUGUCGGCUACUAUGACGGCCCGAACAACAGAAGCCGAGUAGACUAUUACGGCGACUUAGAGCAGACCAUACAACGAGCUGGUGAUAGUGGCCGACUACCCGACGGUGGUAUAUCCUAUAAGAUAGCCUGGAUGGUCGACCGCCAGGGUGAUCCCCAACGUGUAUGUUUCCAGGUUAACGGUACCCAGGAGCAACCGGUCAGUGCCCAAUCGGUUAUACCUGAUCUCCAAGGUUUCCAGCGGACUGAUCGUGGGGUUCCCUGUGCUCAGCUAAUAACCAAUCGUAUAGUAGGCACUGGUAGGGACAGUCAACUGUGCGAUCGCUGGCAAUCGAUAGUAACCGUCGACCAGAAAGUCAAUAAAUAUGUAUUUCUAGUCAGAUAUGACUCGACUAUGUCAUCACCCGGUGGUCAACAACAACAACCCAUACCUGUCCACUACGAGAUGAUGGGCUACGAUUCACUAUUGGGUUCACAUUACGAUAAAUAUGAAAUCCAAUAUAAAAACUACCGGAUCGGACCCAUGGAUUCAGGUAUAUUCAAUGUACCCGAAAAUAUAUCGUGUCGCGGGUUCCCCGGCCCUGGUCUGGAACAUCGGGGUCAUCAUAAUCCUAUAAGUGAGUUUACACAUGGCCAGGAAGGUCAUACCGAUCAGGAGUUUGACCAGUUUCAGGCUAAACACGCGGUUAGCUAUCCGAAUACGACUGACCAUCGGCAACGUAAGCACGUAUUUCGGCAAAAUCUGAGAUAUAUUUUUGGAAAAAAUCGGCAAAAUUCUCGCAAUAGCUAUCGGCUGGCAGUCAAUCAUUUAGCCGAUAUGACCGACCAGGAACUGGCCUCACGUUUCAGGCGUGGCCGCCUGUAUUCGGGUGUCCACUAUAACGGUGGUCUUGAAUUCGAUAAAAACCGAUACCUGUCCUCCCGGUCCGCCAACAACAUGAAUGCUGAUGACGACGACAUACCCGAUCAAUGGGACUGGCGAUUGGCUGGCGGUGUAACACCAGUUAAAGAUCAGGCCGUUUGCGGUAGUUGUUGGUCAUUCGGUACAGUGGGUACUAUCGAAGGUGUACUAUUUGCCCGAACUGGUCGUCUCCUGAAACUAUCUGAACAACAAUUGGUCGACUGUUCGUGGAAUCAGUUGAACAACGGUUGCGAUGGUGGCGAAGAUUUUCGGGCCUACGAUUAUAUCCAGAAAUCGGGUGGACUGGCCACUAGUGAUCAAUAUGGCCAGUAUCUGGGAGCCGACGGCAAGUGUCACGAUAAGCAAUUGGUUGGCAAACUAGCGGUCCGUUUAUCCGGGUUUUAUAAUGUAACACCUGGCGAUCCCCAAGCGUUGCGUACGGCCCUCUACUACGAAGGACCGGUAACUGUAGCCAUAGAUGCCUCACAUAAAUCCCUGUCCUUCUACUCCAGUGGUGUCUACUAUGAGCCCCAGUGCGGUAAUAAACCGGAAAACCUCGAUCAUCAGGUACUGGCCGUCGGUUAUGGCCAGCUUAGGGGCGAAAAGUAUUGGCUAAUCAAAAAUUCGUGGUCAACCUACUGGGGUAACGACGGCUAUGUAUUGAUUAGCCAACGUGAUAAUAAUUGCGGUGUACUUACCUCGCCUACCUUUCCCAAGUUAGCCGAUGAUUAUGAUGACUAGUAUACAGUAGAUAAUAGUUAGUUAUAUAUACCGUACCAUAAGGUACAUACAUGUAAUAAUUUUUUUUUGUAUA